UCGGGAGAUUCCUCAAUUAUCUCCUUCCGAAUCCCCCACCCUUUACCUUUCCAUUUCGGCCCUUCCCUUCUUCCCUUCUUCUUGUCCGGAUGGAUCCCGACGGCCUCCUGCGCCACGGAGGCGCCGCCGCCGCCUCAGGGAGAGGGCACCAGGAAAGUGCAGUUUACCGACUCGAUGUGCGGGCGGAGGAUGCGGACCUCCCGCCGGAGUCCAUUCAGGUCCCCAUCGGCGGCGAGGGGAUCGACUGGGCCUACCUCAACGCCGUCUUCGAACGCGAGGACUCCACCAAGGGUAGCACCAACCCCAAGUCGAGUUGCCACGCCAACUCCAAGUCCCGAUCCAUCUCCGAGCUGUCCUCCGCCAGCCUCAAGGCGAAGCCGCCCCCUGUCAUCGGCCUCCCCAGUUCGAUCCGGCCCUCCGCGGGGCGGUUUUCGAGAAGACAGCCGGCUGGCCGGAUCUUCAUCAGGAAGGGCAGCGCGCGGUCGCGCAGGGAGUCAGAGGAGGCGGAUCCGGGCUCGCCCAAGGUCUCCUGCUUCGGGAGGGUUCUUUCGGAGAGGGAGCGGAAGCAGGGGAAGCGGCAACCGGGGACCCGAUGGAUAUGCUGCCUCGGAUUCGGCGGCGCCGGCCCCGGCCCCUGCCCCGGCGCUGUGCUGACGGUCGAGGGGAGGAAGGAUUGCUCGCUCCCUUCGCCGGAGGACACCAGUAGGGAGCCGACGCAGGCGUUGGCCGGGUUGGGAGGGAUGAGGCGGCUCGCCUCCGGCCGGAGAGCGGAGUCGUCGGCGGAACACCCGGCGGACUAGGGACCGAGUGAGGCGUCCCCGACUGACGGAAACGGUGGGCGAAGUCGGUGGGAUUUGUUGAGCAUGGGCCCGCUUUCUGUAUCUAUACUCUGCAAAAGGUUUGUUUGGUGGUCUCCAGCUUGGGUAACAUUUUGGGUGUGGUAAAACCCGUCAGUGCAUUACAAAUUUACUUCUUUAUCCGUAUAAAGUUCUUUUUAACUCUCAAA